UGCGCGAAUGCUCGCGCAUGCAGGCUGUGCGAUAAUGGCGCUUCAACGGACACACUGCACGUCUUCUUCAACGUUCCCCAUUCCCCCAACCUGCCCUACUUGAUUACCCUUCCCCUUCCCUCGACCGCCCUAGCGCCCGUUAUACGGCGCGUAAUAGUCCUUCCCACCAUCAUCUCG